GUUCCAUCGUCGCCGUCAAUGGGGUUUCACCAGGAGAGACGAGAUGCAUGAGGAGGAGCCCGACGUGCGUGAAGAAGAAGGGGAGAGGUCCGAGGCUGAGAUGGUUCCUAUCACCGCCGUCUACCUCCGUCACUGCCGAACUGCUGCUCCGCGGUGCCUAACUGGAGCUUCUGUUACUGUUGCUGGAGAUCUGUGGUUGCCGGAAAACACCACUGGUGUUGCUGUCGAAGGAGGAAGAAGCCGUGCCGCUAUUCUGGCCGCCAGGAGCAGUCUUGUGGCCACCGGAAACACCGCCAGGGAUGCCGCUACUUGGCUCAGUCACUUCUUCUUAGUUGCGCCGCCGUCUGGGUCGCGUGGAGGGAGGAAGAGCCGUUGGGUGUCGCCGUACCUUGCCUCCGCCGCCUCUGUCGCCGGAAACAGCCGCUGAGUCCUCUGUAUUGGUUUGUGUAUUCGUGCUCGCAUUCCGUGUUUGGAGUUGCAGCUACCU